AUGGAGGAUAUGGCCAGGGCCGAGUAUCCCGCUAUGCUGGCAGCUCUCCAGCCCGGCCAAGCGGUUCAGACCCUUAGCGAACGAAUGAAGCGCAUGUCCCGUGUCAACAACGAAGUUGCCGACUGGCUCCAGGAGCGCCGUCGCGUGGAGGAACAAUAUGUUGCAGGACUAAAAAAGCUCACCCAGUUCAAGGUGCCAAACGCUCAAUCAGAGCUAGGAGUCUUCCAGGCGCCAUGGAACCGAAUUAUCGACUCGACUGAGAGCAUCGCUCACUCCCACCACCAACUCGCCGAUCGCAUCGAAAGGGAUAUCGAGCACCCAUUACGCAACUUCUCCAACCAAAAGGACUUCCAGAACAUGAACACCAUGUCCAACAACUUGUCGACAAUGGCAAAGGAUCUCGAAGACUCGCAGAGCGCUGUCGACAAACUCACUAAGAAGGGGAGUCGAGCUAAUACCUCCAAGGUCGAGGCUGCUACAUCCAAACUCGAAUCCGCUACUGGACAAUGGGAGUCACAGGCACCUUUCAUCUUCGAGUCUCUCCAGGCUCUCGACGAGUCGCGCGUCAACAAAUUACGGGAUUUUCUUACCCAAUACCAAACCCACGAGUCCGAUUCGGCCCAGCGUGUGCAGGAGAACGCUAUGGAAACCCUGGCACUGAUGCUCGAGAUCGAUACCGAAAAGGAAAUCCAGUCUUUUGUGCACAGGGCUACGGCUGGAAAGGCGAAGCUUCCCACUAGAAAUUCGACGCGCCAGUCUUCGUUUGCUGGCAACACACCUGCUGGUACUACACCUUCGACACCAGUACCUCCAAGCACUGCCGACAGCACCAACCUGCCAGCUCCGAGCGCCCAUACCGCAUCACCUGCGCCAGUCACGGCCCCAACUUCAUCCCAUGCUGAUGAUGAUAUUAGCGAGACUUCAACUCCAACGGAGAAGCCAGGAGGUAAGCUUCGCCGCCUCGGUACGAUGUUUGGUGGACGCAGGAGACAGAGCAUGCACGCUGGUUUCGGCCAGCUCUCUCCCGGCAAGCUAGGCCCCAGCUUCGGAAGAUUGGGAACUAGCCACAGCCAGAACGAUCGUGGCCCUUCGCCUAGAGCAUCCUCCAACAACCUCCAAGAGCACCAACGACUGUCCUCUCUGGCAGAAACCCCUGAUAUGCCGCGGGCACCCGAUAGCGAAAACGACACACCCAAGCCUGACUCACACGAGAAUACGAACGGAGUGUCGCACAAUGGAAAUCUGCUCGACAGCCCGAUUCCACAAUCGGCUGGAGGCGUCAACGGCAACCACGAACUCGAUCUAUCGAACGUCCAGCCACCUCCCGGACCUCCUCCGUCGCACAAGCAAGAGCCAUUCGCACCGCAACCGAACGCAACCAAGGACUCCGAAGGUUUCAACGUUCCUCCCCCUAUGAACGAUCCGAUUUCCGAGGCUCAACGGGAAGCCAAGCAGGAGUCUGGUGAAGAUCCUGAUCAAUUGCUCAAAGUCAACAUCCAGCAGACACCUGUUGAGGACGAGGAUCCUGACGCUAAGCUGGCUGCGCUUUCUAGUGUUGCAAACAGCCUCAAGCUUGGGCCUGCCACUCGUCGCAGUGGUACAGUUAGAGGCCGUCGUGACGUCCGUCAUACGAUGUAUGUGCCGCCCCCUAACCUGCCAGAGAGUGGCACCGAUUCUUCUAUAAGUGCUCUGCCGGUGUCUCCUGUUCUGGCACCAUCUACCUCAAAGGGAAGCGCAGUUGCUGCACUGGCGUCCGAGGCCAGCAUUGCCGGUACUUCAGACACACAAUCCGUGAGAUCGGGUAACUCAUUGGGUGGUCUGAACCAUCCUCAGCACGCUCAAAUGACUGCUCCUGGUCUAAACUCUUCCAUCAUUGAGAGCGUGUCUGCUAUCUUUGAGGACGGUGUCAUCAAGUCAGCCUCCGUCACUGGUGAAGUUGCGUUUGUGAACAACCCCAGCGACUCGGGUGAUGCUAAGAGCUAUGAAACCAUCCGUAUCAACAACUUUGCGGCCCUCGAGCGUAUCGGCCCGAACCGCAUCUUUGUGCAGAACUCAUCUCCUGACAACAACGAUCAGUUCAAUCUUGACGUAUCUCACCUCACCAAGACUGCCACCGGAUUCUCCUAUCGAGUAUUCUCAGCGGAGUCCGACACUCCAUCCUUGGGCGAGCAUGCUCCUAUUCUUCUGAAGCCCGCAUGGAAACCGCAGGGAGACAAGCUAGGCUUGUUGCUACAGUACCAACUCAACCCAUCGUCAAAGAUUACCGCCCCUGUGCAAUUGCACAACGUGGUCAUUGUCGCAACAUACGAGGGUAAAUCAAGUGGUGCACAGACAAAGCCUGUAGGAAUACACCUCAAGGACAAGCACCUCGUCUACUGGCGCAUUGGCGAUCUUACCCUUACCGCCGAGCCCCAGAAGAUCGUGUGCCGUAUCAUCGGUGCAGAGGGUGCGGAGCCUAAGCCAGGACAUAUCGAAGCUCGAUGGGAACUCACAGCCUCAGGCGACCAAGUUGUUGGAAGCGGCAUCUCCAUCUCCCGACUCGAUGAGGGCAAGGGUAAAGGCAAGGAAAUCUCCGAGGACGAUCCCUUCGCCGAUGAUAGCGCAAGCACAGAACAGAAGUGGGUAGACGUGCCAGUGACAAGGAAGCUUGUCAGCGGUAAAUAUGAAGGACGAUAA